AUGGACGUGGCCGCCAGCUUGCACGACCGUCUCCGCACCAGGCUGGACCAUCUCGAGGCCAAGCUCGAGGCGCACCGCCAGGAGCUGUUGGACGAGUUUCACCAGCACUACCACCAGCUGACGCGCACCGCAGAUCCAUCCGCCGUCGUCACCAUGCAGCACCAGCUUCGAACCACCUUGGACCAUUAUAAAACACUCCGUCCGAGCCUUCCAGCAACGAAUCCGCCUCUGCCGCAUCCGCCUCAGCCCGCCGCCGCGCCAGCAGCUGAGUCACCUCCUCGGCCGCCUGUCAGCGAUAACCCCGAGACGGCGACCACGUCUCAAACUCUAUCGCUAGCGUCAACGCCUGCCGACUCCGGCAAUCUAGUCGCUCCAGGCAGCCCACGCGACCGUGACCACGAGCUACAGGGUCUCUUCACGCCGAGCUAUCUCCCUCUGUUGGCAGAUUCGGACGUAGCCGCCGACAGCAUACCCGCCGUCACAACCACGGCUGCUGCCAUUUCCUCCCAGCAGCCCUCUGUCGUGGCCGGCAGCCCAAACAGCGCCGACAACGGCUGGAUGCCUGCGACUGAGAACCUCAUCGCCAACAGCACGACCAGCGCCGAGAUGAAUCAAUCCGCCGACGAAAACCGCUUUCCCGGUGGCUUGACAACACCACCCCGGCAUCGGCCGCGCGAAAGUGAGCCUGCUGACGCUGCGACGGCCGACGACGCAAACUCGUCAGCCUCAUCUGACAAGGGCGACAACAAAGGUCCCCGCAGCGCCCUCCGACGAUACUCCAGCAUAUAUAAAUCGCCCCAGAGCCCUAGACGUGUCCGGUUCGAGUUUAUGGGUGCUGAGGUCUUGCCCACUGCGUCUCCGCAACCCGGCGAUACCAUGAUGCCGUCAUUACCAUCACCCAUGUGGGAAGGCGAAAACGUGACAGUGGACUCGGUCCUGGGAGGUGAUGCCGACGACUUGGAGCCCCCGCCCUUCAAGAAGAUUUCCUCGUCCGAUGCUCUUCGGGCACUAUCAAGAGAACCGCUGGAAGACGGCACGGUAUGGACUGUGGUGAAUCCCGACUCAGAUAAUGUCGUCACGAAUCAAAUGCAACAAGUAGACUUGGGCAAGCCAUUGGCAAGCACGGAGCCGGGAAUGCAGCAGAUUCGACAAGACACCGGCAACGACACAAACGCACCCGAUAGUAGUUUUUUAGACCUGAAGAAGACGAGGGUCGCAACUCCCCCGCCUCUCAAUAAGGCGCCUGCCAACGCCUCAGACGUGGGGGACGAUGGCGAUGACAUGUUUGAAUUCGAAGAUGAAGGCGGCAAGACCUUGUCAUCAUGGCCGCCACCCUCAUCUGCAGAUGAAGACGAACAGAGCGAGGAUGAAACUGCAGCGGACGUGGCCGCAUCCUUCGACGAGCUCAGCACAUUGCGCUCGCCGACCACCGUCGCGCCCGCGCCCAUGCCCAAACCCAAGGCCGAAGCCCCCGCACCCGCCACGCCCACCACACCUCGCUUCCACGUCGGCUCAGUAGGCUCCUACAAGGGCCGCUCCAUCAUGAUGCCCGUGGUCAAGGACCCCGAAGUCCACGCCAAAGCGGCCUCCAUUGGCAUCUUCAACUCGUUUGUUGGCGGCGUGGAUGGCACGAGCGGUAUGGACGCCGCCGACCUAAGCAGCUACAGGGCCAGUUUUAUGCGCGAUACUUUUAGCGGCACGCCGCGGAGCUUUACCGAGCGCCUGAUGAUGGAGGACAUGGAAGCAGAUAGGCUGAAGGAGAAGCCGAACGAGCAGUAA